UGCAGUGAACAAGCGUUUGGCGGGGUGCACUGCGAGCGCUUUGACGUUGCGCGGGGUUGGUCUGUGGUCGCCCCCGAACCUCCGUUUUUCUACAGGCCACCGCGCACCUUCAGCACUCUCCUCCCGACGACCACAGCCAUGGCCAUCAAAUACCUUAUUUUGCUCUCGCGGCAGGGCAAAGUCCGCCUUGCCAAGUGGUUUACCACACUUGCCCCCAAGGACAAGGCCAAGAUCGUGAAAGAUGUCUCGCAGCUCGUGCUUGCUCGCCGCACCCGCAUGUGCAACUUCCUAGAGUACAAAGACACAAAGGUUGUGUACCGCCGAUACGCCUCCCUCUUUUUCAUCGCCGGCUGCGACUCUGCCGACAACGAACUGCUUGCCCUCGAGAUUGUCCAUCGAUAUGUCGAGCAAAUGGACAAAUACUACGGCAACGUCUGCGAGCUGGACAUCAUCUUCAACUUCCAAAAGGCUUACUUCAUCCUCGACGAGCUCCUAAUCGCUGGCGAACUGCAGGAGAGCAGCAAGAAGAAUGUUCUUAGGUGCAUAGGGCAGCAAGACAGCCUAGAGGACAUGGAGUACCUGGAUCUUUGUGCGCUCCACGAGGUCAACCUCGCUCUCAACUUCGACACGCCUGACUCGGCUGUCAUCGGUGGCUGUGACGUGUGGACCAUUAAGGCCGCAGGCAGCGAUAAGAAGCUCUAUAAGCGCAUUGAGCGCACACUCGAAGAGCGCCACCAGGAGUUGCUCGCAGCAGUUGCCCACCUCCCGCAACGAUCCGCCGCGCAAUUCUCUGAUGAACUCAACAUCGCCCGCGACACCCCCUUUGGCAGCUUCAACGAGGCCGCGAAUCGCCAUACCUUCGCCUACCUCAUCGCAACGCUCAAUGCGACACACAUCGACUACGACUUCGCCAACACACUGAACCCGGAUGAGUUCCGUCGCGAAACGCGCAAGUCGUUCGUUCACAGAGUGGACACGACCAUGUACUACCUACGUCCGCAAGUUUACAGCCAAGGGCUCCCCGCCGGUGCCCUAACCCCGCUCGGCUCGCCCAUAUGGAGCCCACGCUCGUGGCAGCUUGUGGACAGCGAAAUGGACAUGGCCAACUGCGAGUACUAUGCCUGGGAGCCCUCGGACGACCCUUUCGCAGAUGACGGCGCUAUCUGGAGCCACCACUGCUUCCUGUACAACAAGGAACGCAAGCGGGUCUGCUACUUCUACCUUCGCGGCAUCUCCUCGCUUUCAAACUCGCCAUCCGUGCCCAUGUCUCUCAUCACGCGCUUCAAGCAGGCCCAGCACGAGACCAGCUCCAACGCAGGCAGCAGAAAGCGUGCCGAGUACUGGUUGGGCGCACGGGCGAAGAAGGGUUUAGAAGAGUACGGUGAUAGUGACGAGUUGGACAACAUGGUCAUCGACCACCCAGGAGACAUUGUUGACGCGGAUGAAGAGGACUGGGAGGCAGGUCGGGAGACGAGCAUGGGUGCCGAGUACUGGUCUAGCGAUGGCGACAGUGACGUUGAGAGUCUCAAGGAACGCGAAAUGUCCCGGGAGACAAGUCGCAAGCCAAGUAACGUGCGAGCUUGGAGUGAGGGCGUCAUGGAGAAGAUGGAGCUCUAAACGCAGCAUAUGUCGUCGCCUCGUGUGUACGCAGUACGGCAAUGUUAAUCUACGACUGGGGGGUCUCUUUGGCUAUGGGCGUGCACUUGAAUGGCGUUUGGGGGUUCACGCAUUUCGCUCUUGAGUAUGACGGCGUAGGGGCGUUAUCGGAGGCUGGGCGGUGGGAGCGCUCAUUGUGAGAAGCUCUCUGAUACGUCCCCGUUUUGUCGUCUAGACUCGAGAUACCCUUUCCUUUAUCUCCUUCUUUCCUUCAUCGUUUAUAGGCGCAUGGGAAUUGGCUUGCUAUGGGACGGGGGAUGGGUGGUAAUGGGCCAAACACCCUGGAAGCAAUGUGAUGCCGGUACGGG